CCUCGCUCUCUCCUCGCCGGCUGGGUGCUGAAGUUGGGCGGAUGGCAGCGAACCAGCUCCGCUAGAGGACCCAGCAGCCCAGCCUCGCGUCCCCGACCGCUCGGUUGCGCUGCCCACCCCUCCAGGAGACGGGCCGACUGGGUACUGAAGUAGCUGACAUGAGAAAAAGGCAGCAGACACAAAAUGAAGAAACACCUGCUGUGUCUCAGGCCCCCGGAAAUCAGAGGCCCAACAACACCUGCUGCUUCUGCUGGUGCUGCUGCUGCAGCUGCUCCUGCCUCACUGUUAGGAAUGAAGAAAGAGGGGACACUGCAGGAAGACCUACACAUACCCCAAAAAUGGAGAGUAUCCAGGUCAUAGAGGAAUGCCAAAACCCCACUGCAGAAGAAGUCUUGUCCUGGUCUCAAAAUUUCGACAAGAUGAUGAAGGCCCCAGCAGGAAGAAACCUUUUCAGAGAGUUCCUUCGAACAGAAUACAGUGAAGAGAACCUACUUUUCUGGCUUGCCUGUGAAGAUUUAAAGAAAGAGCAGAAUAAAAAAGUAAUUGAAGAGAAGGCCAGAAUGAUAUAUGAAGAUUACAUUUCUAUACUAUCUCCAAAAGAGGUCAGUCUCGAUUCUCGAGUUAGAGAGGGAAUCAACAGAAAUCUCCUGGACCCGAAUCCUCACAUGUAUGAAGAUGCCCAACUACAAAUAUAUACCUUAAUGCACAGAGAUUCUUUCCCAAGGUUUUUGAACUCUCAGAUUUACAAGUCACUUGUUGAAAGUACUGCAGGCUCUACUUCAGAAUCUUAAUUUUCAUUAAAAAAAAAAAAAAUGAUUUCAGAGGGCUGAGAUGGGAAACAAAAGUAAUGAAAUAACAUCAGAAACUGAGUUCCUGGAGAACUACAGUUUAGCAUUCCUCAGGCUACUGUGAAAACAAUACAACCAUUACGGUUUUUGUCUCCAUUUUUAUCAAGGUUAUCCAUGGUUAAGUUUGGAGAAAAUACCACUUAAAACAAGAGAAUUGCCAAAUUAUGUUUUAUUCAAACAUUCAUUCUACUUGCAAGCAAACUCUAUUUGUAGUCCUAUGAACAGUCUCCUAGGAUGACUGCAGACACUGCAUGUGCAAAGUAAAACUGCUUCAUUUGCUGCGUAGUUGUUGUAAUAUUUAAUCCAAUGGCUUAACUUUUAUCUGUAUUUAAGGACUUUUGUGCAAUAUGGUCUUAUAGAAAUAAUUGCCAAAAAUUGGCUGUGGUUAGCAUUUUUUAACAUAACCUGACAGAAAAAAAAGCCACUUUUAAAAAAAUGUAACAAUGGUCUUCAACAUGCUAUCUACUGUGUUCAGUACACUAAUUUUGAAGCCAACAUUUCUGUACAUGAAAAAAGAGCUAUUUAUCACUGUUUGUUGGAAAAUCCUGGUGAAAGGAUUCUACGGGUUGUUCACUGCCAAACCUGUGGCAUUUUCAUGGAAAAGUUUGCUAUGUAAAAAAGGAAAAAAAAAAAAGCACAAAAAUUUGAAGAUGUCCUAUCUCAAUGACAAAUCAGUGAAUGACAUUGUUUUUAACUGUAAUAGAAAAAAAACAAUCUAUGUAUAUAUCAGAUGUCCAAAACUGUAAUUAAUUUAUUAAAGACUGGCUCUCCAGUUCUAAAACAUUUGUGUAAAGUUAUGUAUUUGAGCAAGAAGUAAAAAAAUAAGCCUAUUAUCUUAGCUUUGGACUAAAAAGGAUUUAAUAAAGGAAUGCCUAUAUGUAGCAUUAUAAAAUACUUCGAUGAAUAGCAUCUCUCCAAUGGCAUAUUUUCUUUGAUAGUGACAUCUAAUGAAAAGCUAAGUUUUUAACCAAGAAGUUUUAUAAGGGUUAUGAAGAUAAUUCUCUACUUCAGACCUUAAUUGUUUUUACAUACAAUCAAAAGAAUGACUUAUUUUAAAAAGGUUAAAACCAAACUAUUAAUUCUCAUCCAUAAUUAAAAGGCAGUACAGUGCUCAAAUCUUCUAGCUGCCAUAUUAUUUUUAUAAGCUUACUAAAUCUUUAACACAAAAUACUUGCCUAAAAUUGGCAUGUACUUUUGACAUUCAAGAUAACAGUAAUCUGUCAUGUACAAAAAUAAUAAUAAUCAAUGUCAUAUUUAUAUCAAGCUGUUACAUUUGAAUAUUAAUAUUCCCUGGACACUAUUUUUUUAAACUUUAACUGAAUGAAUAUAAUACUGAAGUAACCUAAAAUGAAAGUUUUAAAAAUAUUUAUAUUCACUGAGAACACUGGCCUUAUAUUAAGGAUGAUAUUAAAAUUAUAGGUUUCCUUUGUCAUUUUUUAACUACCUCUCAUUUUUUAAUUUAUUAAACAUUUUUUUAAAAAAAGAAGUUUAGGGUUUUCUUUUUAAAUUUAUUUUACUUGAAGGCUCGCAUUGUAAGUUUCUUUUCCAUAAACUUAAAACAUUUAAAGAAUUGUUCUUUUUAAGUGAAUUUGAUUUUCUAAUUUAUAUAGAAUUCAGGAGAUACAAUUAAAAGGGCUAAUAGCUAUUCCCUAUGCAAAUAUUUUAACUGUUGCAGUGUUUGACAAAAUAGGAUUUUAAACAAAAGUUUGCCGAGUAGAAAACAUGUUCUGUUUACACUGGCGUUGCUGACUAUCCUACCAUAUUCAGCACUUUUAAAUACAUUAUUUAUGAAAAUGUAGUUAAAAUGCUAUCAAGAUAGAAAAUAUUUAUCAUAAUGAUUUCUUUUAACAAAUGCCUGUUUUGUCUGAAAGUGUUACUGUGUUAAAACAUACUUUAUCCAUGUCAAUUAGAUAUUUACUAUUGAAUAAGAGUUUUCAGUAAUGUGUUGAAAAAGACAGCUAUGAAGAUGUUUACAAAGUCAUAUUUUUUCCUAAAGAGUGAAGAAAAAUACCUAAAGAAUCAUCACUUCUAUUGUGAAGUUCUAUUGUUCCUGAAAUUAUUUAAUUUUCUUAUAAGAAUUGAGUUUAUUGUGCUACUAUCACGUAUACACAUAUAUGGUGUAAUAUCAUACCUAUUUCUGUGUUGGAGGCACAAUAAAUUGGUGCACAUGAUUAGAAAGUAUGUAAUACACUAUGAUACAUCGCAUGCAUCGAACUUUUUUAAUGUCGACUUUAUAUUCUUGUUGUUACUACAUAUGAUGAUGAACUGCUAGUCCUAAGUUAUCUUUAUAAGAUACUUUGGACUAUUAGAUGAAUUGUCUGUUUGACAAUACCUUUAAUAUUUUCCCAAAUGUAAACGAUAAGAGCCCCAUGAAAAGUCCUCAUCUCUAAACUGGGCAUUUGUAGAAUACAGAUUUUGAAAUUGAUAUAUCCUUUUGAAACCUAAUUAGGAAGUUGUCUUAAGGAUGAUUCUAAAGCAAAUUUACACAUCAGAUGUUGGUAGCCAUGCUAUGUGAGCAUUUCUGUACUAAACUCCUAAUGGGGGGGUAAGGGGGGAGUGGAUUCUCAAUCUCAAAACGUUUAAAGUUUCUAUCUACGAGUAUGUCUAUAUUUGCCAACCUACCAAUUUUUUAAGUAUGGUAUAUAUUCCUUCUAUUUAAGUUACAGAACUACAAUAAACAAACAAAAAGCCCUCACUGGUGUCUACGCUACCAUUCUAAGAGCACAAUAUUUGCUUUAACAGAGUUAAUUUUUCCUAGUGAAUGAAUUACUCCCUAAGGGAAAACAAGCACUUUAGAAGGAACAUGUUGCAUUUUAGACUGCCAAGAUAAUUUUGUAUGUUAGAAUCUGCUCCUGCACCCAAAAAGAGGUUCAUGCACUUUCUAAUGUGCCUAACUUCAGAGGUGUAUAUAAUACAAAGUUGAGGAUAUAUAUGAAUUGGAGAGUCAGAUUUACUUAGAUUGAUCCUGUGCAUAGGUCAUAGUAAUAAUGGAUGACAUUUCACUCUGGAUAAUUGUUGUGUUACCCAAAGGUAGUAUAGAUAAUUUGACAGUGUUAUAGGGGCAGCUCUAAGCACAGUAAGUGGUGCCCUGGCAUAUGAACAAGAGCAAAACAAUUUUGGUAUCAAAAUUAUGAAGUGCAAAAAUCAAGACCAUAAUGUGGUCGUUUUUUCUUUUUUUUUAAGUCAGAGUAUGUACAUAGGAUGACCAGUUCUGAUAUUUGGUGUUUGGUGCAUGGGAUGUUUAUUAGUAUCCUUUGGUCCUUUUGAUGCUGCCUACAUACUUACUUACAGAAUGUAAUAUCGUACAUUUACCUGAUAGUUCAGUUUUGCAAAAGGACUAUAGAAAUAGGUAAACAAUGUUUAUUUAUUAGGGGGAAAAUACAUUUUCACCCCAUUAAACUGCUUUAAAAUAAUAGCUGAUUCUUAAUUUUGAGUUCAUCCAUUUUUUAUAUACCUUUAUGCUGAAAAAAAGUCAUGUUUUAAUUGUGACAAAUUGCAUUUGCAAAAGAUACAACAUGCCAAAUGCUUUGGGGAUGAAAAGAGAAGGAGUUUAAAAUACAAUCGGAAAAUAGGAAAAUAAGAUCCAUUUUGAAAACCACCUGAAAUUUCUUAGAGAUCGAAAACACCCAUAGAAAGAACUGUCAAACAUUAGUUUUAAAUACUCUGUGUUUGAUACAUUGGCAAACUAUUUUAAAAGGUGGUAAAGAUAUUUUCAGACAAAUUUCUUGCCAGUGUUUUAACAUUUACAGUUUGUGAUCCUAAUUUUCCAAAUAUGUUCUGCCAAUGCUUAUAUUUGAGUGCUUUUUCAGUUCUUUUUAAAUUUCUGAUCAACAGAAAAUGUUUGCUGUGCUGAGUAUUCAAUCUGUAAAAAUUUCAGUAAUCCCUCACUUGCUACAACUGCAAAUGUUUAUCAAUAAAACUGCUACCAAAAACUUGUUUCAGAUCUUUCCUGCAAUAUUCAUAAAAUACUCUUGCAACACACAACACUGCGCAGUUAUUUUUUUCCAAGUACCAGGCUUUAAUUUCUUUAUAAAUAUUUUAGAAAUUGUUACUUUCACAGGUUUUGUCCCUUCCCACCCAAAGGGGCAUCUUUUCAUAUUAGUUCAAGAGGAAAUUAAAAACUUUUUCUUUAAUGAAAAUUCUAUGAAUGGGAAAAGUUCCAUACUAACUGGUAACAGAUCCAGUUCUGGGGACUAAUUUUAUUCCUUUGACGAGCCCUGUAAAAUGAGUUUGGAAAAUGAGUUAUUAAGCACUCAUGAUAAUAACCAAAUUUAAUAUUUUUAACAUGUCAUAUGUUCAACACCUGAAAUUCAUUCCUCUCACAAUAUUUCUCAUAUUAAUCUUUUUGCUUCAGAAAUUUCAACAUUUUAAAUCUGCUGAUUCAACCUAACUGUCUUCACAUCAUUUGUUUUCAAAUAGUCAGAAAUAAAUAGUUUGGAAUAAUAGUUACACAAACUGAGUUUCUGUUCUGGGCUUUGAUACAUUUUAAAGGUCUAGAUGCUAUUGCUGUAUUAAAUUGUUUACACACUAAAUGCUUACUAAUGGAAAUGUAUGUCCACAAAUUCACAUAUGGAGUACACUGUAAAAAACACUGGGAAGAUUAGGAAUUUCCCAUUUUCCAAGAAUGUAUUAAACAUCAUUUUAAUGAACUUUCCUUAUUUUUUUUUCAAAAUGUACAUCUCACCAACAUCACAUGGAAUCUACAAUCUAGAAAUAAUUCAUCUUUAUAUAAAUAAUCUGGUUACUGGAAUGUGAGAGCUUUUAAAAUUUUUUAGCUUAAAAAUAAAAUUUAAAUGAUAAGAGAAUCAUUUGAAAUUUUUAUUUCAAAGGAAAUUUUUUAAAAACAUCCCCAAGGAUAAGAAAAAUAUAAAUAUCAAAAUAACGUAGGGGAGGUGUAGAGUCAAAACUAAAUUACAUAAGACUGACCAUUAAACAGCAUUGCUUUUUGCAUAGAAUAGAAAACAUUUGUUAAAGAUUAGGGUAGUAUAAUUUCCUAUCUUAAUUUUCACCAUGAAAAUAUGAAAAGAAUGAAGAAAACUUGGUUGUAUGUUCAACUAAUUUUUAUUAAAUUUUUAGAAUAAUUUUAGAUUUACGGAGACAUUGCAAAGAGAGGCCCCACACUCAUUUUCCCUGUUAACAUUUUUGGUACAGGACAUGUGUCAUAAUUAAUGAGCCAAUACUGAUGCCAUUAUUAAGUCCAUACUUUAUUCAGAUAUCCUUAGUUUUCACUGAAUGUCCUUUUUCUGUCCCAGGAUCCUAUCCAGGAUACCAUAUUACAUUUAGUUGUCAUGUCCUCUCAGGCUUCUCUUACCUGUGACAGUUCUCAGACAUUCCUUGUUUGAAGGCCUUGACAGUUUUGACAACUACUGGUCAGGUAUUUGUAGAAUGCCCCUCUAUUCAGAUUUGUCUGAUAUUUUUCUCACAAUUAGACUGGGGUUACAGGUUUUUGGAAGCAAAGUGACAGAAGUAAAGAGUCAUUCUCAUCACAUAUCAAGGGCACAUACUAUCAACAUGACCUCAUUUUUGAUGUUGACCUUGGUCACCUGGCUGAGACAGUGUUGGUUAGGUUUCUCCCUGUAAAGUUACCCCUGGUAUUUAUGUUGGAAAUGAAUUUCCUGGGCACUUAAACUGAACUAAACGUUCUCGGCAGAUUCUCCAACCGAACUAUAUCCCAUUAAAUGGUUACUAACAAUGCUAGCAAAGAAUAUAACGAACUGGAAAGUGAGAAGUGUUAAGUUGAAUACACACUUAACGGAGGUGAAAGUGCAUUUUGUUUCCCUUGAACUACCUAAUCACUUUAAUCCUCUAUCAUCCCUUGGGCAAUAAAACUCUUAAGUCUUACCAAUCGACAUAAAAGGUAAUUUAAAUUGAUAACCAUUUUGCCGAGUGCUUUUCUAUAUUGUCCUCCACUGAAAAAUGAGUAAUGAAUAUUGAAAUUAUGUAAAAGAUGUAAUAAUUUUUUUCUAGCUUUAACCUAUUUGUCACAAAUGUAAUGUUUCUUGUAUAUGAGUUCUGGAUGUUUGCUAAAUAUUGAAUUUCAAUGUGUUUCGUUCUGUAAACUUUAUAUUGAAUGUGUUUAAUUUUUUUACUACCAUGUUCAAUGUACUGAAUUAUCUGUACAUAAGGAAAUUUUGAAUGCAUUAAUACAAUUUCAGAAGCGCUGUGCUUGGUUAUUUUGCUAUGCCAAAAUUACAGCAGGUAUUCUUAAAUUGAUUAGACAAUCCAGAUUAUUCUCCCUCCAAUAUAAAUUGUUCAGGGCUUCUCUACCCCCUUCCUUGAAUCUAUUUCAUUUUACCUGUGUUCAAUAAUAGACUUCUUUAAAUCCUAGUUUUUUCAACAUAUAAUAGAAUCUGAGCAUGACAAUAUGUAAGAAAAUUCAGAAGUCUCAAACUAAAUAUAUUUCUUUGAGUUUUCAAAGUAAAUCAAACUACAGCUGUCUUCAUUUGACUAUAUUGUGGAAACCAAUGAAUAUUAUUGUAAAAUGCAUUUGCAUUACACUUUCUUAAAAUGUUUUGAAUUAAUAAAGAAUUCACCCACGUAUCCACGGGCAAGUUACUGUUUUCUCACUGGUGUAAACCUAUAGGAAUAAAAGGUAAACUUAAUUGUGUUACUUGAACUACUUAUGCAUCUGAGAGAAAAGAAUAAAUUUUGACUGAAUUCUUUGCAUUGUUCUAUGAGGUACUGUUAAUUACAACUUUGCACCUUUUAUAAAU